CUUCUGCAACUCUCUCUCUAGGGUUUAGCAGAAGCAGGGAAUCUCUUCGAGCAAGGAAAUGUCGGGCAAAACUCUGAUGAGAGCCGGAGCUUCGCUGGUCAAUCGGUUCCUGACGAAGCCGAUCAUUCAGCAGAGCCACGCCGGUCCGGUUGAGCGCGUCGUGUCGCCCGGGUUCGAGAUCGCGCCGCGGCUAUUCCCUUCUCUGUCCAAGCUCGAGAAUUCCGUUCAUUUGCCUCCCAACGAUGACUCCAAUACAAUCAGCAAGCUGUGUUCUCAGGGCUUCCUGCACCCUAGCGGUUUGCCGUCGCUCCCAUUCUUCUUGCCUGAAGGGGAUGUGGAUUCUCCGAGUGCGCCGAUGCUAUGCUACCACCAUGGCAAAUGUACGUACCAGCCCAGUACCCUUAGAAGGAAGAGAAACCAUGGCUUCUUUGCUCGCAAAGCAACGAAAGGUGGGCGGAGAGUCAUCGCUCGGAGAAUAGCAAAGGGCCGAUGGAGAGUCACGGCUUAGCAUGGCUGUCUUAUAGUUGCCGCCAUCAACUUCAGUUCGUUUCCUAUGCCCUCUUUCAUUUUACCAUAAGAUGGAUCAAACCCAGAGAAAAAUGAUAGAUACUAUUUGAGGUAGUUUAAGGAUCCUACUACGGUUUGAUGUCUUCGAUGAGAUAGAUGCAGUUCAGUUGGCACAGUUUAUGUUCUUCAUGGUACUUUGCAAUUCGAUGAUUAAUUACACCAUCUGCAGUGAGUUUUUCUUUU